AAAGCAAGAAAUUAGUUUGGCAUCUCUUAUUUUCUCGAGUAGUUCUCUUUUCUCCUCUCAUCUAGUAUUUUUUUUGCUCCACGGUUCUUCACAUUGUAAUUGUUUUUCAAACUAAUCCUUUCAAUCAAAUAAACCAUGGGAGCCUGUGGGAGCAAACCUAAGGAAUCUGACAUCGUCGAAAGCCUUGUCCCCACCGACAAUGUUGUUAUUGAGUCCAAGAAUGAAACAGAUACCACUUUAGUUCAGGAGAAGAAAGAAGAGUCUAAUGAUGAGGCAAAGAAGGAAGGUGAGACAAAAGAGGACUCCUCUGAGGCAACCAAAGCCGAGCCAACUCCAGAAGCUGUGAAGGCAGAUGAGCAAGUUCCUUCUGAGACUACGCCACCAACACAAGAGACUGCACCUGCCAAAACCGAUGAGGCGCCUCUUGUGAUUCUUUGAUUUUUUUUAUUUCCAAAUAUUAAAAGUCCAUGUUUGUCUGCAAGUGUUUCUCACACUAUAAUUCGUGUGUUCAUAAUCACUUUUAUAUUGUCAAUACUAUCUGCAUUGUGUUUUGCCCCCCUCUUGUAAAUUCAAUGUGAGUUUGAUUAUGAAUAUGAUCCUUUCCACCUGUUUAAACCUGUAGCCAAAGCACAUAACUUGUUGUGCCUUAUAUGGUUUUAUGGUUCAGCUAUAAUAACAAUAAAAUAUACAAUUAACCAAUUAUUAAAAAUUAUAUUAUAGUAAAACUUACAUAUUUAUUCAUUAUAAAUAUUUCCAUUGUUUUCAUAUAUAAUCAAUUAAAACAUUUCAAAAUGAUAUAUGAACUUCCUUUUUUUUGUAAAUUAUUACAAGUUAAUUUUUUUUUUGGGAAUUGAGCAUUUUCUUGUAGUAAAUUUUUAACGAUUAGAAUGAUAAAACAAGAAAGUUAAUAAAAUAAUCUAGAAGAUAUAUAAAUACAUUUGACUAAAAAUAUGAAAUUUUUAAAUAUGAAGUUUUGAACAGUGAAAUCAUAUAUUUGAUGUUUUACUAUUCAAAAAUUUAAAAUUUAAAAUUCUAGUGUUGCUUUUGGGAACCAUGUAAGAGCAAGAUUAACCGUGUCUCUUAGAUAGGUCUCUUAAUGUAAUUGUGAUUUAAAAAAAAAAAAAAUCAUAAUUA